AUGCCUAUUGUGUCAACACGUUGUCAGUUCGGUUGUCAAGUUGCUUUGUUGUGUUUAUUCUGGUACUCGGUUAGUUCGGCAGCGAGUGUCAUCAAUAAGCUGACUUUGCAAAAGUAUCCGUAUCCAAUGACUGUUGCGCUAGCAUCAUUGGUCAGUAUUCCGUUAUACUCGAAACCAUUCAUAAAAUUCUGGCAAAUUAAGAAGUAUCAUUUACCAUCCUACUAUACGAAGCGUUAUCUUAUACCGAUUUCUAUUGGUAAAGCGUUUGCAGUUGCUAGCGCAUACUUUAGUCUCUCAAAAGUACCUAUCUCAUAUGCACAUACUGUGAAAGCCACAAUGCCAUUGUUCGCUGUAAUAUGUGCCCGUGUGAUAUUGAAUGAACGCCAAACGAAGUUGGUGUACAUUUCAUUAAUACCAAUUGUGAUUGGUGUAUUGAUAGCAUCCUUAACGGAAUUAUCGUUUAAUUUUGCUGGACUUAUUUCUGCGAUUAUGUCAACGUUUACAUACGCAUUAUUGAAUGUUUUUGUUAAACGGCAAACCAAAGCAAGCAUUCAAGUACCAGAUGUGUGGUUUAUCGUUUACUUGACGAUAUCUGGAUUGAUGUCUUUCUGUCAGAAUUUAUGUGCAUUUACAUUAAUACACCGAUUAACGGCACUAUCGUACGCAGUUACGAACACAACGAAACGUAUUACGGUUAUAUCUGUUUCUCUGAUCAUGCUGCGUAAUCCAAUUACAAUAUCAAAUGCGUUCGGCAUGUUACUCGCCAUUUUGGGUGUUUUUCUUUAUAAUCAAGCAAAACAACAACAUGCGAAUGCAAAUGAAAUAGCAUUACCGUUGACGCAUGUUGAUUCAACUCUCUCAGAUGCAUCUUUACUUGCGUUCAAUGAAACUUCGUUGCAAUUGACACGUUCCGCGUCACCAAGACGACAUCGUCUGGUCGAUCCCAACGACAAUAAUCAUCACGACAGCUUUAGUAAUGAUAUUCAGAUUUAUAACAAUUUUCCAAUCUAUAUCCCAUCUGAGGGUCAUCCUCAAAAAUCUUCAUCGUCUUCGAUCGAAACUUUCUCAUCAUUGCAGCGGGAUGUGUCCCCACGACGAAUUAAUCAUGUACGAUUUGUUAUGUGA